UCGCCAAAAGCUAAAAUUUUAAAGUAACGUCCUCAUGCAGAAUUUGGCAAAGGCAAAUCACCGCUAUCCACACUUUCGGCUCCUAUUCAAUACACAAUGACCACAGCCGUCGAAGAAUCAACCACAACGACAUCAAACACUCCUUUACGAAGGUUAUAUCCUGGUUCACACGUCGAGGACACCUUCCAAUGGCCAACGCUAGCAUUAGACGACAUUGAGUCGUCAUUUUCAGUACAAGAGUACUUGCAACAACUGCUGAGGGAAGAUUACACUGACAUACAGCGCUUAAUAGACUUGCCAGAGGGCAUCGAUGCGGAGAUCUGGCAAUAUGAGCAUUUGAGACAGCUAUGCUCGCAACUGAAUUAUCUUAUACCCAGUCUGGAUUCCGAAUGCACCGUAGACUCCUGUCCUGAAAUGAAAGCUGACGGCUGGCUGUACCUUUGCGCAGCGCAUCCAGUCACCAAAUCCUGCCCUGCCAUCGACUACAUCGUUCAUACUUUGGACGGAGCCACUAUGCUCUUAAACAAUUCAAAAUACUUUCCUAGCAGGAUCUCUAUUCCAGAACCUUCAUUGAAACAUCUUCAAGCCAUCGCACGUCGGUUGUAUCGUAUAUUCGCACAUGCCUACUUUCACCAUAGGGAAGCAUUUGAGUUUUUUGAGAAUGAAACAUGCUUACAUAGCAGAUUCGUCCGCUUGUCCAAAAAGUAUUCUCUCAUUCCAAAGUCCCUCCUCAUCAUACCUCGCAGUACAGAUGGCGACGAACCAUCGUCAAACUCACCGACGUCUGAAUCACCUGCUAUUCUAUCGCGACGGUCUUCAACAUCUACUGUACAGGAGAUACCCGAUGACACCGAUACAUCUACUAUUGGCGCGGAGGAUGCAGGAGAUGAGGAUCAAGGCUCGGAACCAGCAGACCGAGUGGACGAUGAAUAAGGCGGCAGGAUCUUGUGCAGUCAGGUGGAUGGGCUCCUUGGCUCAUAUUUAUUCAAACUUCUUUUCGUUAUUCUGAUUCAUUCAUUCAUCCUUUCCGUGGAAUAUUGUAU